AUGGGUGGUGGCGAUCUGAAUCUGAAGAAGUCCUUCCACCCCGCCCUGAUGCGCAAUCAGGUGCGGGUGGCAGAGGAAGAAGCCAAAGCCCUUGCUGAGAAGAAGCGCACCGAUCAGCGCAUCAAGGAGAUUCAGGAAGAACGCCAGAAGGAGGAGCUACAGAAGCAGCUUGAGGCCACCGGCGGCAAGAAGCGCAUCGACCGCGUCGAGUGGAUGUACCAGGGGCCUUCCGACGGCCACGGCGGCACCAGUGAAGAGCUGGAAGGCUUCCUGCUGGGCAAGCGGAGGAUAGACAACCUCAUCAAGGGCACCGACCACCAGAAGCUGGAGAAGAGGGCCGGGCAGGACAGUUUCAUGGCCCUGCAAAACGCCAACACCGACCGCGACACCGCGAUGAAGAUCAGGGAGGACCCCUUGCUCGCCAUGAAGAGGAAGGAGCAGGAACACUACGAGGCCAUGAUGAAGGACCCCAUCAAACAACGGCAGCUCAUGGCCUUACUCGGCAAGACGGACGACAAGUCAUCACGCAGCAAGGAGGACAGACAAUCCUCCAGGCGGCAUCGUCACAGGCAUCGGUCACAUUCGCGAGACCGGGAGCACAGACACCGACGCCAUCAUCGCCCAGACUCCAGGGAAAGGGCAGACCCGAGGGAUCGCGAGCCAAGACAUAGCCGUCACAGAUCGGACUCACGCGAUCGACCUCCGCGCUCUCGGACCCCCCGUCCGUCAAGAUCCGACGAGGACCGAUACAGAGUGAGGCGAGAUUACUCGGACGAGCCUCCUUCCAAUGGCAGAAGGAAAGACGAGUCGGACGAUGAGGAACGCAGAGAUUCUCGCAGUUAUCGUGGACGUCCUGAAGACACACGCAGACAAGACGGAUACGACCGACACGAGAGACGAGACGGCGGACGAGAUGGCCCCGAUGGAUAUGAUCGCCGGCCCCGCGAUUACGCACGCAGUACCGGUCGGUCUAUGGGGAGAGACUACGGCAGGAAUGGCUCAAGUAACAGUGCAGGGUCAAACGCGAACGGUGCGGCAGCUGCGGAGGAACGGGCCCGGAAGCUGGCAGCCAUGCAAGCAAGCGCAUCUGACCUGGACAAGACCAGGGAAGAACGACUGGCUGCUCUGGAGGAACGUGAUCGUCUUGCACGCGAGGCGGAUAACAAGGCGAGAGAACGCGCCGGAAAGUAUGGCGACCAGGAGUUCGUGAACGGUUUGCGGAAGCAGAUUUUUAAUUAG